GAUAUUUCGUUACGAGUUCCGUAUCCCGCAGUAUUGAUGAUUUCCAUUUUAGGAAAUCUUUCCCGUUUCACUAUAGCAUGAUCACGAAACGACCGAAAUUGGGCUUUGACCGAAUCAUCAAGAAAAGUCUCAAAGUAGUCAUUCUCUUCGAGGCAACACUAUUGUUGGUAUCGUACGGAUUUUGGCGUCGCCUGGAGACUUCGCAAGAUUUUAGAUAUUACAUGCAUCAACGUUUUCCAAGAAUACUGGAAGGUUACUACACUAUCGGAGAACAGUUGUCUGGUAGUGAUCAUUUGAGGACGUUUGAUUCCAAGACCUGGACAGAGGAGAGCAAUGAGCAUUAAAUCUUCAUGGCGUUGAGAAUUAUCGGAAUUACCAUAGCGGCGGUAGCUAUUGGCGGUGGAGUAGGAAACGCUUUAUUUAAUGUUGUUAAGACCGACGAAGAAGAUCUUAAAAGGCAUCUUCCUCCAUAUUCAUCAGAAAAACAUAAUCUUUUCUUCCCACAAUAUAAGAAAAAAAGUGAUCAAUAUAUGAACCAAGGAAGGUCAAACGAAGGUUUGAAGAAGUUUGAAGCUCAAGGCAGUUACGAUACUAAGAAAUAGCAUUAACUAAAAUGGAUCCUACGGAGUUUAUAGAAGAAAGUUUGCCAGAUCGUAUCACAAAAAGGGAUCGGGAACGAAAAAAUGUUAUCGAAAGGCGAAGAGAAGAACGACAAUUGCUCGCCGUAGAAUCCGAGCAAAGCAGCUACUUUAAGGAUAUGUUCUACUCUUCUUGUAAGAAGAUCAAGGAUAUGCUAGACGAUGCACCCAGCACGCCGUCCUCAGCGUUACCAGGAAUCUUUGAGAAGUCAAAUAAGGAGAUCCAACUACUUAAAAACUAUUUGUCACAAUCUAAAAUGUUUCUAAAAGUUUACGACAUAAGACGCGCGCAAGAAAAUUUACAAUCGUUAGAGAACCAAGCUUCCGAAUUGGAGAUGAAACUUUUGCCUAAAAAGAAGUUUGGCUUUAAAAAUCGUAGAAUCGUAAAGAAGCCCUCUGAUAAGGGGCUCGACAUCACAGACGGCUUGAAAGAUCUCAAGAUAUCUGAGAGUAUUGUGAACGGCUCGACUAAGCAAAACAAUAAAUUGUCGAGCAAGUACGGAGAUAGUGCCUGCAUGCUCCUGGGCAAGGUAAACGAACGUAUAGUGUUGGAUGCCGAGAAUGUAAAUAAGAAUGAUAUUCUACUUUCCGAUCUGAUUCGCUGUACUAUAAGGAUAUAUGGUACACCGAGCACCCUGCAUAUGGUAAACCUGAAACAAUGCACUGUAUUAGUCGGACCAGUGACAUCUUCCGUUUAUGUGCACGACUGCAGUGAUUGUAUAUUUGCUUUUGCAUGUCAGCAGCUGCGAUUACAUUCAUCGACGGACUGUACCAUUUAUUUACAUGUCACAAGUAGGGCGAUCAUAGAGGAUUGUACGAAGAUACGUGUAGCACCUUACAACUGGUCUUACGAAGAUCAAACAAGUCACUUUAAUCUAGCCGGCCUUGAUCCAAAGAUUAACAAUUGGAACUACAUCGACGACUUCAAUUGGCUAUCUAGUGAAAAACAUUCACCGAAUUGGUCAAUUCUUGAACCGGAACUUCGGAUAAAAACGUGGGAUUAAAAUGAAUACUUGUAAAAUAAAGAGGAAAAGGGCAAUUAAAACUAACAGUUGUAGUGA